AUGUAUGUGAAAUGGUUUGAUACAGUAAUGUUUUACUAUGUGAUUUUAGUGUAUUUAGUAAAUGUCACUUUUUCACAUUUUUAAAUUUCCCGCAAUUCCGUCCCCGUACGUCCCGACGUCGCAGGGAACGGAACCCAGAAGACGGAUGCCAGUAUCAGCCGGAGGACAUGGCUGGGGACGCUGCAGGGGGGACAUUGCGGGAAUGAUGGACAAGGUAAGUGAAGCAGAGAUCCUGGAGCAACGAUGCAGGGUAUUCCCGAGUGUAGCUCGGGGUUACCACUUGUGCUACACUCGGGAAUACCUCCAGGGAGGU